UUUCCUUUUAACAUUCUCUAGAUCUUUCUGUCUUUGUCUGGUCUUCUUCUCUGUCAGUCCACAUCUCUCCAUUGUGGUUUUCACUUUUGUCAUCAUACGUCACUGAGAUGACUGUACAAAAGGGAAAGCGGAUGGGGAUCUCCAUACAGGAGCACAUGGCGAUAAAUGUCUGUCCUGGCCCCAUUCGACCCAUUCGUCAAAUAUCAGCCUACUUCCCCCAUCUUUCUCCAACAUCCUCCUUCUCUGACUCACUGUCACCAAACCAGGCCAGCUGUCCUUCAGAUGCUGUUGGAGCAGCAGGGCAUGGAGGUCUCCUGUCCCCUUACUUAGCGGGAGCUGCUGGAGGCAGAGGGACACCGUCAGCAAUAAGUAGAAUGGACACAUCUGUGGAGAUUGACAGCUGUGACAGUGAUGACAACACAUCAUUGGGAACCCUAGAAUUCGAACUGCUCUAUGAGACUGUUACAAGUUCUCUUCGCUGCACCAUUAUUAGAGCAAAGGGUCUGAGGCCCAUGGAUUUUAACGGUUUGGCUGACCCCUAUGUGAAGUUACACCUGCUUCCUGGUGCCUGCAAGGCCAGUAAACUGAAGACGAAAACUGUAAGGAACACCUUGAACCCAGUGUGGAAUGAAACGCUCACAUACUCUGGUAUCACAGUGGAGGACAUGUACAGAAAAACUCUAAGGGUGUCUGUGUGUGAUGAGGACAAGCUAACACAUAAUGAGUUAAUUGGAGAAUCACGAGUGGCGUUACGUAGAGUGAAGCCUGAUCAGGCCAAACGCUAUAACAUCUGUCUAGAACAUCCACCUCCUUUGCCAUCUCCUACAUCUACGAGCUCGGCACUGAGAGGAAUCUCCUGCUAUCUGAGAGAGUGGGAGAGCGAGCAGCAACAGAAUCUAGAAGAGCGAGGUCGUCUGCUUCUGUGUCUCCAGUUUCUGCCCCCAUCACAGAUUCUAGAAGGGGAGGGCCACACAAAAGCAAAAGAGCGAGCCAAAGGUGGGCUGUGUGUUGGAGUUCGACGCUGUGCCCAUCUGGCAGCCAUGGAUGUCAAUGGCUUCUCUGAUCCAUAUGUCAAAACAUACCUCAAACCUGACCUAAAGAAGAAAUCAAAGCACAAGACUGCAGUCUUAAAAAAAACACUGAACCCUGAGUUUAAUGAGGAGUUUUUUUAUGAGAUCACAUUCAGUGAGAUGUCUUCCAAGACAUUAGAAGUUACAGUCUGGGAUUAUGAUUUGGGAAGGUCUAAUGACUUCAUUGGGGGUGUGUCUCUAGGAUGUCACUCUCAAGGUGAUGGCCUUCAGCACUGGAUAGACUGUCUGAAAAAUAAAGGUCAGAAGGUUGAGCGCUGGCACACACUGACCAAUGAACUGCCAGGAUCCACAACUGAGCAGCAGUGAGAACUCUGACGUAUUAUGUCUCCUGCACUUGUUUGCAUUUUCAUAACUGUAUUUGGUCAGUUAAUGCCUGUCAGAAAUGUUGUUAGGCAUAUGUCAUGCACCUGAACUGCAGACUUAUGCUUUAUGCAUAAUCUGCUGUAUAGUAGGAAUGUCAUGUGACAGCUGCAUAUUAGUCAGGCCUUAUUGCUGCAAUAAGGUAGUGCAGUUUUUUAACAAUGCCUCCUACAUAUUUUACAUUCUACCAAAUGUUAAAGAGUUUGUUUGAAAAAGUUGUUUUACUGUUUCUAAAAAUACAUACUAUUGCAUUGUUUUCUGAUAGCAUUGUACUAUACUGAAUAUUAUUGUGUAUGUUAAACUGAGUAAAUAUUGGGAUAUUUUAUUGUGUUAUUAGUUUGUGUAUUUGUGUAACAAAUGUUAUGUUAAUCUGCCUGUCUCCCUAUUACCUGUAUAAUAUUCAGUGUGUGUGUGUGUGUGUGAUAACACUCUGCUCUCUGCUGCUUUGUUGUUAAUGUUCACUGUCUACUAUUCGGUGUUUAUGUGGCGUUUUAUUUUAAUAUUUUAU